AUGGCACCAAUUACCAGUCUUCCCUCUGAAGUCCUUCUAGAUAUAUUCCACUGUGUUGGUAACAAUUGGACAUACCCGGAGAGAGAUGCCAACGCGGACAUAAUCCAUAUUCGACAGGUCAAUAGGAGGUGGAGAGUUCUCGGUCAGGACGUUCCACUGACCAAUUUUUGGAUUGAUGUCGACGAGGUGACUCAAAGCCUCUGGAAGCUAGCCCGCAGCCUUCUACACGACGUCUCUAUCGCCGCUCAAAUUGAGGAGAUCUGGGUCCGUUGGUCCCGUCGUAAAGCAGACUACCCGGAAACAUUCACCAAGCGAUGGAAAUGGAAAAGAGAGGAUCGGGAGCGAAUCAAGUUUUACCGCGGAGAGCUCGCGACUUACAUAUCAUCUGCAACAUUCGAUGCCAUUCUCGAGGGAGUCAACUCGGAAGCUUUACUUCCUUUCAUUUUCUGCUUCACCACAAACCUAAAGGAUUUAAGACUUGGGCGUGUAGAAGCCUUACUAGUUGCCCGUGUCUGGUUUGCUAAUGGGGCCGGAGCUCAAGACAUUCGGGAAAGUCUUGGACCGGGACUGGAUGAGGAAGUAUUCAAAUAUAUCGAGGAUGAAGUCGACGGUGAAGAAUACAUAUACGACUGCGAUGAUCGGCCCGACGAUUUCUACCAAACCGACAUUUUUUUCGCAAAGCAUAUGCCACCAGAGGCUGAGGAGGAAGGCGCCCUUUGGUUGCAUGUCAAUAUGGGCACACCCGGAAAUUAUCUUCCAGGUCUAAGGAAGGUCACACACCUGGAAAACAGAUAUACUGAGCAUCAAUUUUUUUUGAGUGAUCUCAGUGGCUGGUCGGCAAAAUACAUCGCACCUCUCUUGCUACUUCCAAGCCUUGAAACCCUAGAGAUCGAAUGCCACGCCACGAUCGGUGGGAGGAGGAACAAACUUCACUAUCCACUUUACAUUCCAUUUGAACCCUACAGAGGACUAAAAUCAAAAGUUAAACAGUUAAACCUUAUAGAUGGGAGGAUGAGAUUGGAAGAUUAUGACGCAAUUGCAAGCAUAACGGAGAGCCUUGAGCAUUUGCAGAUUUAUCACAGUGACGUGCACAAUGAACUGUCAGAUAAGGAUCUUGCAUACAUUGCCACAUCGUUCCGACUAUACAAUGAGCGCACAUUAGCUCUGAAUCGGAUCUUUAUAAACGAUUUACCUGGAACCGGGAUGGAGGGUGUUGAGUGA